AUGCACGAAUGGCACCUCCGGUACCAGCACCUGUUCGACGACGACGACAGCGACGUUGACAAGGAGGGACUCUGUCUCCAAAAACCUGCUUGGUACACGCCUGAAGAUAUUCGCUCGAGCCUUUUCUGUUGUCUUAGGCACGCGUUUGCUAGGUAUGAAGAUGACUACCUUACCGAUCUGACGCAGUAUAUGCAAGAACUCGAAGAGCUCAGCAAUUUGUUUGACGAGGACUACCUUGUGUCCAUCCGGAAUGAACAGAGUGACGGAAGCGAACUCGUGAUUUUUGCAGCAGCUCAGUACCAUGGAUGCAACAUCGAGCUUAAAACACUCAACUACAAUUGCAAGGUCGUGUCGACGUUCACGUACUCCGUAGACGACGCUUCUAGAACGAUUUCCAUAGCUAGAAUUGGGCUGUACUACUGCCUGCAAGUGGAAGGAAUGCACAUCUAA